AUGGCCAUGCAAUAUCUCAACCAAAUAAAGAACCUACGGCGUUCGUCGCAAAUAACCAGUGCACCCAAGCCUGUCCUAACACCGGAAGAUGAAGCCUACUUACGCGAAGUCACCGCCCAGCCGGAAUCUGUGCCCACCACAACAGAGGAGAAUGAGCAGACCCCAACUGAAAGCCCUGCUGGGGCGUCUUUGCAACCUGCGACAAGCGUACAAGCUGAAAACAUCCCUCUACCUACCUCGCCCGGGGAGGAGCUAGCAAAAGAGCUAGGCGAGGAGGGUAGGCAAGAAAGGAAGAACUCUCAGGCAACAUUGGCAAGGUCCGGUACACCAAAAUCGGAAGUUUCAAAGCCUCAACAGAGGAAGAAACGAUGGAGUGCCAUGUUUUGGAAGAAAGGCACAGAGAAGGAUAAAGAGGCCCUCGAUGCAAACAAAUCGCAAACCGAAGCCGCAAGUCGUCCAACCACAUCGGAUACAUCAGCAAACGGGAAAGACGCAGACAAAGAUAAAGAUGCAGAGGACAUGACAGAUAUUCUUGAGCGAUUGAACCUGGCAGCGGAUAACAACCGUGUGUUUUCGAUCAGUGAGGAGACACAAGAGCUUUUACGCAAAUUCAAGCUCAUCUUCAAAGAUCUGAUCAACGGAGUACCAACUGCCUAUCAUGACUUGGAGAUGCUGCUGACCAACGGGAAUCGCCAACUACAAGAAACCUAUACAAAGCUGCCUGGUCCCAUGCAAAAGUUGAUAGAGAAACUCCCCGAGCGUUGGACCGAGACAUUGGCGCCAGAGAUGUUGGCCGUUGCUGCCGACCGCGCCAGCAAGAGCGGUGUCAACAUGGAGAACGUUGGCAAGGCCGCUGCAGCUGCAGAGAAGAUGGGGGUCAAUAUUCCAAGUCUAAAGGAACUUGUGUCGAAGCCAGCUGCUCUCGUAGGAAUGCUGCGCUCCAUUAUGACCUUCCUAAGAGCUCGAUUCCCUGCUGUUAUGGGCAUGAAUGUGCUCUGGUCUUUGGCAUUGUUCAUCCUCCUCUUUGUGUUGUGGUACUGCCACAAACGCGGACGCGAAGUCCGUUUGGAGAAUGAGCGUCUGGUGACGGAAGAAGAGAUCUCCAAGCUCAACCAAGACACCUCCGAUGGUCUAAUUCGUCCUACCGAGACUUUGACGACGACCGCACCGCCAGGCGCUACGACUGAUGAAAUACGCGAAGGCGUUAGAAAGGUAGAGGAGGCCCGCGCCGCUCCUGUCGAAUCUGCUCGCCCCGCCGAAGUGGAGAGCGAAAAACAACAAAGUACCCCCAAAGUACUCGGCCGGCGGCAGUUCCUACCCGGUCGAAAUCACCGCCCCUGGACAGACACGGCAACCUCCUCGCCGAACCUGAAUGGAACUAACCAUCUCUUUGCGUUCGAAAUAAUCCCCGCGAGCUGCAUCAUGACUGUAUUUCUUGACCUUCCAGAGGAAACUCUCUACCUCAUAGCAGAAAACCUGGAUUACCAGGGUGAUCGCUAUUCCCUGGUGCUAUCAUGUCGUCGGCUGUACACAGUUCUGUUACCGAGUCUCUAUUCCCAGGUUAUUCUUGGUGAUGUUAGCAACCAUACAAUUGGCCAAGUCAGUCAAUUUUUCAAUGCAAUCGCACGACGGCCACAGCUGGCCAGGGCCGUGCGAUCUUUACGCUUGGAGAGUUGGGACACUGAAGAUGGCAAUGAAGACAUCGACUGUGAAUUUGAAUAUGAUCCAGACCUUAUUUACCGACUUAUCGCUGGUACCUGCUGGUCGACGCAACCGUAUAGCCAACUGCAACGCGGAAACACCGAUGCUUGGUUAGCUUUGCUUAUCCCCCAGCUGAAAGGCUUGAGACGAAUCAGCAUGUGCUACCCAUAUGGGUCAGAACACGUCGAGAAAAUGUUCGCGAAGGCUGCCAAAGAGGAUACCACAACAUUUCCUCGCCUCACUGAAGCUUUCGCCGAGUGGUGUGACACGGAAGAUUCCAUCCAUGCAAGCUGCAUGGAACCGUUCUUCAAAUUCCCGGCGAUGCGCAGGAUUGGAGGAUCUUAUAUCGUCGACUCCGAUCGCGAAGAGGGAGAACCCCGCAUCACACCCUUCUCAGGAGUCACGGAUAUCGAUCUCGAGAUGACUAACACUGAGUGUGGAUUUGGUGUCUGGAUUGAAUCUUGCAAGGCUCUCAAGACUUUCCGGUUGAAUAUUGGAGGAGGAAUAGUCUCAGAUGGGCCUGAUCUUGUAUCCGCUCCGCUUCGAGAAUCCAUAUCCCUUCACAAGGCAUCACUGGAGGCAUUUUGGCUCUGUGGGGAAUCGUAUCAGCCCCCGGAAGAGGACGAUGGAUGGAUCGGAUCGUUUGCCGAUUUUGACAUGAUGAAAUAUAUACAUAUUUCCAUCUCAAUGCUCGCUAGGCUUGACGACGACUUUGAGCCCACGCAAGAACUCGUAACGCUUUUGCCGCCGUCCCUUGAGACUUUGUAUCUGUGUCACUGCCACAACGAGCUGCUCGAAUGGGCUAUCGAUCAAAUCGAACGCUUGCUGGAUUCAAAAUGUCUGCCACGCCUUACUUCCUUGGGGCUUGAAGGUUAUGGGCCUUCGGAGGUUCAUGAGAGUUCAUUGGAGACUAUGCGCAAACUGGAGGAGUUGAACAAAAAAUGUGCAGAUGCCGGUGUGUUUUUUGCUACUUCGAUUGGAAGUCACAGAAUGGUCCCGAGCCAUUUUGUAUCGCUUUGGCCUUGUGUCUAA